CACCACCGUUCUGGGUCUGAUUCGCUCUUUGUUUCUCACAACUGGAGGUUGUUGUUGGGUUUUUUUGGUCAGGGUUGGAGUGAUGUCCUUCCAGAUAAGAUGCCAAAGGAGUACAGAACAGAGUCGGGCUUCUUCACUCUCUUUUCUUCGUCCUCCUGAGGCAUCGCACUGUUCAAACAGCUGAUUUUCUUUCUUUGUGGUAAAAUAUAAAACACUGGUGACUGAGAUGGGGGAGUGGGAUCUACUGGGUCGACUGUUGGAUAAGGUUCAGAGCCACUCCACGGUUAUCGGUAAAGUCUGGCUCACGGUUCUGUUCGUGUUCCGCAUCCUGGUUCUGAACACAGCAACAGAGAAGGUUUGGGGUGAUGAACAGUCGGACUUCAUCUGUAACACUCAACAGCCCGGCUGUGAGAACGUCUGCUAUGACAUGGCCUUCCCCAUUUCCCACGUCCGUUUUUGGGUUCUUCAGAUCAUUGCUGUUGCGACUCCAAAGCUACUGUACCUCGGACAUGUGCUUCAUGUGCUUCAUGUUGAGAAAAAGGCGAAGGAGAGGAUGAAGAAGCAGGCGGAGCUGGACGAGCAGGCCUGUAUGUUCCUGAGGAAGGCCUACAAGGUUCCCACCUUCACCAAAGGCAACGGGAGGAUCAGCAUCCGCGGACGCCUCCUCCGAAGCUACGUCCUCCACCUGGUCGGUAAGAUCGUGCUGGAGGCGGCGUUCAUCGUGGGCCAGUACCUCCUGUACGGCUUCACCCUGGAGACCCGCUACGUGUGCUCCCGCUCCCCCUGCCCACAUAAGGUGGACUGUUUCCUGUCCAGACCCACGGAGAAGUCUGUGUUCAUCUGGUUCAUGCUGGUGGCCGCCGUCGUCUCGCUCUUCCUCAGCCUGGUCGAGCUGUUCUAUCUGUUUGUGAAGGCGGUGAAGGAGUGCAUGGCCAGGAGGCAGGACUACACCGUGACCCCCGUGACCCCGCCGCUAUCUGAGAGGAGGGCCUACAAAAGCCGGGACGCCGUCAUUCAGAACUGUGUCAACCUGGAGCUGGAGCUUCAAGGACGGAAGCUGGGGCUGGGUGGGGGCACGGCGCCGGUCAAUGAGGUCGCCAAGAACGUUUCACCAGAAAACAACAGAAUUGGACAGAUCUUCAUCUGAUUGGUCGACUGUGAUAAGUGUAUAAUGUGAAAAGGAGGUUGUGGGGGGAGGGGGAAUUUACACACGGAACAACAUGAUCCAGCUUCUGUAAA